GGAAACUAAUAGAUUAGACGACAAAGAGAAUGUUGCAGUGGUUGUAGCUGACCAAUUUGUGGUUUGUUUGGUAUAUCUGAUAGAAGUGCACAGCCGACAGUGGAUUAGUAUUAAUCAUGGGCAACAAACCAAAGUUGGUGGUUGCCAUUAAGGUUGGGAAUAGUUACUCUGGAUAUGCCUACUCCUUCCAUGAUGAUUUUACACAAAAUCCUUUAAAAAUUGGAACGUGUUCCUGGCACUCGUCAGGCAGAUACACUACACUGAAGACCUCCAGUGCCAUUCUCUGCCAGCCAGACGGAACGUUUCACUCAUUCGGUUACUCGGCAGAGGACCAUUACAGCAGUCUCGGUGGAGAAGCAGAUCAGUGGUUCUUCUUCAAAACCUUUCCUGUAUACCAGAUGCUCGAUGAAAGUAGUACUAUGACUGACAUCACGGGACAGAAGGGCCUUCUUGCCUUGGAUCUGUUUGGUAUGGCGAUGCGAUACUUACGUGAAAACCUCGUCGACAAACUGCACGCCCGGCUGUAUACACUAGCUGACACGGAUAUAAGCUGGACCAUUGUGACACACCACUCGAAAAACGAAGCUUUCAUCACGAAAGCUGCAGCAGAGGCUGGCAUGACUGAGAAUGUCACAGUUCUCACAAAGAUUAAUGCGGCCUUGACAUACCUGAAGUGUUCAUCAAUGUUUAGGGGUCGAGCUUUUAGACCAGGCGCAAAGUUCCUUGUCUUGGAUGCCUCAUGUACGUUAGUUGAACUAGUCACAUGUCACGAAGGAAGUGAAAAGUUGAGUGAAACAAACCGAAUUACAGUGACCGGAGGUGGUAACAUAUUGAACAAUGGAAUCAAGAGUCUUAUUGAAACUGUUCUUGGUGUGGAUGAUUUAUCAGAACAUGACGACAUUACAUCACUCAUGAAGGAGAUCGAGUACAAGAAGAACAAAAUCAAACCUGGUUCCAGAGAAACGCUCGUCCUGCAACUUCCCAGUAGGUAUAAGGAUGCAAAGCCAGCCAACAAGAGGAUCGCGGGGAAGACGAUUCCGGGUGUAUUGGACGACGCUGAUUUUGACGGCAAGGUCAAACUUAAGGAUGGCAAAGUUCACAUAGAAUUUGAGGUCAUUGAAGGAAUGUUCCUGGCAUGCGCCCGAGAAGUCAUAAGCUCUUUACGAGACUUCACACGAAGCUCAGUGUUGAAAGAAGUGAACUCAAUCGUUAUGAUUGGAGGAUAUUCCUCCUCACUGUUCUUACAGAAUGAAGUCCGUCGGGCCUUUCCAGAGAUCAGAGUUCAUACAAUGUUUGAAUCGAGUAUAGCAGAUCUAAAAGGGGCUGUUAUAUUUGGCCACUCCAAGGGUGUUCUAAACAUUAACGUUUCAGCGCGAUUCAGUGGAGAAAAAAUUCAGCACUACAUAAAGACCCUUCAGGACCGGACGGAAAAGGCGCGAAAUAUCCGGAUAAUCAUAGUAGGCCAAGAAGGCGUUGGAAAAAGUACGUUAUGUUAUCGGUUAUUAGAUGAGGAUGAUGAAGUCAUUAACAAUAUAUCCAGUACUGACGGCGUUGAUAUAUUUAUACAACGGUUCCUCAUCGAUAUGGUGACGAAGAAGCGAGUAAAACUUGAAUCUAACAAAGAAACACAAAAUGUGAAAACAAGGAUUCAACAAGUGCUGCGCUCACACAAAAUGGCUGACAAUGCAGAUGGUUUCAACACUGGCGAAGUUCAGGAGACAGUACCAGAACAAGAAAAUGCUGUCAGCACUAAACAAACGGUACCAAAACCGAAAGUACUCCCGAAGACGUCAGCACCACUACCGACGACAAAAUCGCCUGUGUCGACUGCGGAUACGACGGGAAAGGACACUUUGCUUGAAACAAUUGGGUCUAACGGAGAUAGACAGGAACACUGGGCGAAUGAUCUUGGGAGACUGAUUGAUGUGGCGGACAGUGAGGAUGGUCCGAAUGCUGACCAGGCCUAUUUAUCCUUGUGGGACUUUGGCGGAGAAGAACCUUACUACAAUACACAUCACAUCUUCCUGAGUAGUGACGCCAUAUUCCUAGUGGUUUAUAACCUUAAAGAAUGCAUUGAGGGAACAGAAAAGAUAGUCGAUGCCGCAACUAGAAGAAUUAAAUACUGGAUUCGUUCUGCUGUCAAUUAUGCGGAGAAGAAAUGUAAUGAUAGAUGCCCCCUUGCAACUCCGCCAAUUAUCCUGGUCGGCACCCAUUUGGAUCAACUGUCCGGAACGAAUGAAGAAGUCGAACGAAAGCUUGACACAUUUGAAGAGAAAUUAUGUGGAAUGGCAGAUUUUCAGGCAAUGAAAGAUCAUAUAUAUGGCUUCCUUGAAGUCAACAAUGACGUUAGGAACCACCCAGGAAUCGGACAAUUAUGGAACGCCAUCAUAGAAGUGGCUCCAUCGCAAUCUCAGUGGGAGAAGGAACUACCUGCCAGGUGGCUUACUCUGGAGAGGGAAAUGAUGCGACGGAAGGAAACUGGGGAAAAGGUGAUGUCGUUUGAGGAUGUUAUCUCUCUUAGUAGAACAUGUGAAGUCGAAAUCAACGACGAAACGGAUAUACACAUGUUCUUAAAGUACCUCCACUACACUGGCAGCAUUUUGUAUUUCGGAGAAGAAACAGAAAACCUUGGUUCUAUUUUAGCAAAAACUGUCAUCCUCGAUCCGCAAUGGAUAUCUCUGGCAUUUAGAAAGAUAAUCACUGUACCAAAAUUUGUUAGUCGGAAAGGCAAACGAGCAGUUUUUUUGUGGAAAAUCUACCACCAAUCUGCCAUCUUAGAUAUGGAAUACCUGCAGAUUGCCUGGAAUCAGGAUGAGAAAAUGCUUUUUUGGAAAUACAAGGCAGUCAUUCUAGCUUUCAUGGAGCGACUAGGAUUGAUCGCUAGACCAAAACAAGAGGAGCAAAGUGUUGACUUUGUGCAACUUGGAGCAGGACUCGACGAGUCUGACGAAGCAAAACCCGAAGAAACCUAUCUUGUCCCGUCAUUGUUGUCAGGUCAAUUUAUGACUUUUCCACAAAUAAUGACAGACAGGUAUGCAGUAAAAACAAGAACCCUAUGUCUCGUCUUCUUAAACAGAUGUGUACCAUUCCCGGUAUUUGACAAACUUCUGGCUGCAUGCAUCGAGAAGUUCAAGGUUCUUAAAACAGAAGAGGAAAUAUGGUUGAGGAGAGGAUUCGGGAUUUUCGGUAUCGACAGGGUUUGGUCUGUAGUCAUCUGCUGUAGCAACAAUAUCAUCAAGAUAACAUUAUACAAGCAGUCCCCCAUCCCAAAGAUCGAACCUGGUGCUGGACUCAGAGUGAGGAUGUUUGUUGAAGGAGCACUCAGGAACAUCAUGGAGUUGUACGCUCACAGAGAUCUCAAAUUUACCUACCAUUUACAUUGCAAACCAAUGGUAACUUGUGGAGAGGUGACUGUUCCGAAAAUGGAACUAGAGCACCGCAAGCUUCUACCCUGCUGUUCUUCAUGCAAGAACGAUAAACAUUUCAUCAAUAGACGCGAACUUCAGCCAUGGUUCUUAGAAGAGAGACCACCGAUACAAGAUGAAUACGAGGAAGAAUACGACCUGACAUCCGAGGUACUUGAUCGAUGUCCAACUGAAGUGGAAAUGCUGGGGUUGUCCAAAAUGUUAGGUACAGAAUAUUUGGAAUUUUUCAUUCGGCUAGGACUGGAAAGUACGGCAAUAUCCUUAGUGAAUAUUGAAUAUCCGGCAGAAUCGGUAACCACAAGAUUUCUUCACAUGUUUUCUAAAUGGAAGAAGGCAGAAGGCAGCAAGGCUACGAUCAGGAGAAUCAUGGAUGCUAUGAAAACAUGUGGACUUAAUACCAGUGAAGUGGUUAGUAGGGGAGUGUUCGAUAUGGCGAUAUAGGAAUUCUGAUGAAAGAAUCAGAUGUGAGAAGGUAUAUGUGCAUCAGAUUUGCAAUAUUCAACCAAUUUAAUCCAUGUAACUUGUUAUAUUGAACAUUGUGCCAAAAUGCAUCCAUAAUGUUCCUGACAAUGAUGUGAAACAUGCUUUUCUGAGAGCCCUAGUGGGAACUUUAUGAUGUUUUAUCAUAUUGUACAAAACACUGUCCUCUCGAGUCUAUAUCUCAUCACAGUUACGCACAUUUGUUUAAAUCUUUAAAUUUCAUUUACUUUAAUCAUGCACCUCUUAAAACAGAUGACCUCUUCAACGCCUCAAUAUUUGAUUUUGGAUAUAAAUGUAGCAUGAAUGAGAUUUUAUAAUCAAUCUAUAUUGCAUAUAUAUGUUUAGUUUAUGCUGUGCGUCAAAAUCACACGAUUAAUAUCGUUAUCAAUACACUGUCAUUCCGCUAUCAAAAACCAAAUCAUGCAGGCAAUUUUAAAACUGUGCAGCUAUUUUUAAUUUAGCUAAUCAGCUAUUAUUUGUUUACUAAUAGCAAAAUUAUAUCACUUAGUGUAAGAGUGUGCAUAACCGCAUCUCCAGCAAAUAUUUUCUACUAACGAACGUAACGAUGACAAUAAUGGAAAUAUCUUCCUUAUACUGUUGUGAUGUCAUUUUAAUCAUUAGUCGCCAUGGUAUCCACAAAACAUGACUACGUACUUGUACGAUUUUAUUUGUAUAUUUUGGCACACAUCAAAAGUACUAGACAGUGUAAAUUUGCAACGUAUGUAACUGUCGCCCUAACAUCCAAAUGGCGUAGAUGCGUUCAUGUCUCUUAUUUAAUUACAUCCAUGCGUCAUUGGUUUAACUUGCACCUUUAUGAUGUCAAUUAGCCUUAAAAUUUCAACAGAGGUUUUGUAUGAGUUCAAUCGUUUACGAAGAUGUUAAACCGAUAUCUUCAAUGCUGGAAUUUAUAUCAUUAUUAUAGUUUUACUCUUUAUAUAAAAGCUAGAUAUUGAACUAUAAUAUGCAUUGAUCUUGCUAGUCAAGAUUAUUAAGACAAAUAUAUUUUUUUGAUUGUGUAGUAUAUCAUGUCUCACUUUGUUGGUAAAAUUACUGAUAUUUAGAUUGUUAUUCUUAACAAAUGUUUCAAAUUAGAUUACCAUUUAUAGUUACAUUUUAAUAACGGUAAUCUGAUCAACACAAUUUGUAAUGUUUUUGUAAUCUUUGUUAUUUUUGACUGAAUGAUGUAUAUGUGGUCAAUGAUAUAAAUGUAAGCGCAAUGGAUCCCGAAAGUGUGGCAGUUCGAUUAUGAAUCUCUUUGAAUGAUAAUGUAUUUUAUAAAAUACUUAAUUCGACACAUGUUCAUGAAACCAAAAUAAAUUUUAGGUUUUAAAAUCAUAUGUGCAAUUUC